AUGGCUCAUACAAAGCAGAUCACCCACAAAUCAACCUGUGGUAAAACACUGGGGAAGCAACUAACUACAAAAGCCACACAUAAAAGUGCGCCCUCUACUGGAGGCACAAGCCUGGUACCGUGGCACUCUGAAAUUAGUCCACUGAACUUUUGGGGGGGUGGGUGGCGAGCCAGCCAGGAGCCGAACCUAGCCACUGAACUUCUGAUUUGCAAGCUUCCCUUCCAGCGUUUGGUGCAGAGAAUUGCUCAGGAGUUCGAAACAGAUCUGUGCUUCCAGAGUGCAGCUAUUGGUGCUUUGCAGGAGGCAAGUGAGGCCUAUCUGGUUGGCCUUUUUGAAGACACCAGCCUGUGUGCUAUCCAUGCCAAACGUGUAACAAUUAUGCCAAAAGACAUCCAGCUAACAUGCCUCAUACAUGGAAAACGUGCUUAA